AAAGCAACCACGGCACUCAUUUCUACAAUUUAGAGCAGAUGGUGUCGUGUGACCGAGCUUUUUGAGUGUGUGUGUGUGUGUGUGUGUGUGUGUCUGAAUAAAUCUUUAAAAUAUUUUUAAUAAGCAUUCCCAGUUUAGAUAAUAAUGCUGCUCGCGCUCUGUCAUGGAAUAUGAUGCUUCCAGAUUUUUUCAGAUUUCCCAGUGAAUUUGCAACAUGUGUGUGAUUUAAAGAUAGGAUAUGAUGCUGAUAUUGUAUUCAGAUCUGAUGCACCUUUCUGGAGUAUUACGAAGUCUCCGGUAGCACUGUGUGCUCCUGGCAAUUUACUCUGAGGAUUAUUCUUGCUUACUCAGAUUAAAGAAUGAUUUUAUUUAUUUAUUUAUUUUUAGAUCAGAUAACUAUGUUACAGAACAGACGAGUUUAAUUUAAGACAAUAAAACACUGCUACUCGGAAUAAAAUGAUUUUUCUUUUCAUAGUAAAUGCUUAAUUUUCAUGAAGGGGUUUUACUUGGAUACCUCUCUGAUAAGGAAACUAGAGACUCUAGAGUUUUCUUGUCAGAGAUCUGUUUGUUAUGUUCUACAAAGAGCCUUUAAUGGUUCCUCCAGAGGGACAAGCCAAAGAACCCUGUAGAGUUCUUAUUGAACUUUUUUCUAAGCAUGUUCCAAGAGUGAGGCAUCUAUAAUUAGAAUUUAUCACCAAAUAGUGCAUGUAUAGGAUACUCUUAUGACAGAUGAGUACAGAUGAGAUACUCUUAUGAGAGAUGAGUAGCCUAUAUGUGGCUCUAACACUGGUUAUACAUCCAUUAGGUGGCAUAGACCAAGAACAGAAUAUUUGUUGACUGUUGGAGUCAAUAUUUUAAUUUUAAUGAGGCACAAGACCUUUAUAAUCAGUGGGAUAAAAUCAGUGAGUAUUUACAUGACAGUGAUUUAAUGGUUAGCACAUUUUCCUUGCACUUCCGGGGUUGGGGGAAUCCAGCCUGCGCCUUGUGUGCACGAGUUUGCAUCUUCUCCCCAUGCUUUAGGGGUUUCCUCCGGGUACUCCGGUUUCCUCCCCAGUCCAAAGACAUGAUUGGCAUGUCCAAAUUGUCCAUAAUGUGUAAAUGAGUGCAUGAUUGUGGCCUGCGAUGGGUUGGCACCCUGUCCAGGGUGUCCCCUGUCUUGUGCCUGAGUUCCCUGGGAUAGGCUCCAGGUUCCCUACGACCCUGUGUAGGACAAGGGGUAUGGAAUAUGAUUGAUGGCAGAUGGAUGGAUUUGGAUAUGCCAUUAAAGCAAUACAUCAGGCUGUCCUUAAAGAUGACGUGAGCUUUAUUUUGGAUGGGAUUUUAUUAAUUAAUUUAUUCAUUCAUCUUCAGUAACCACUUUAUCCUGGUCAGGGUCAUGGUGGAUCUAAAUCAUAUCCCAAGAACACUGAGCAAAAAGUGGGAGUACACCCAGAAUGGGAUUCCUGUCUAUUACGGGGCACCAUGCACACACAUUCACACACUUAGGGCAAAUUAACAUUACCAAUCCACCUACUUGCAUGUUUUGGGAGAUGGGAGGAAACUGGAGAAACCAGAGGAAACCCACGCGGGCACAAAAAGAACAUGCACAAUUUGACAGGGACAGUAACCCGAGCUCAGGAUCAAGUUGGGGACCCUGGAGAUUUACCAAACAACUGAAUGCAAGACAAGCCAUGGACACAUUGCCACAGAUUAAUGUAAACAACGUCAGUAGCCUGGACUGUGAUAACCUGGAGGUUGCACCAGAUGACCAUUUAAGAAAUUUAAAGGCUUUGGCUGAGAGACUAAGACUACAGACCAGGAGACCCUCCUAUCAAGAGUGGAAGGACCAAGUAGAAGCUACCGGUGCCAAAGGACCAUCUGACCCAACAAAAUCCACUGUGUUAGGUGAAGGUGCAGGACAGGAACACACAGACAGGCCCGAAAGAAAUGAGCACAAGUUGGAUUUAACACAAGAAUGCAGCCUGACUUCAAGAAACCUGAAAGGGUUUGGGAAUAUUGAUGAAGCUCUCAUCUGGCUGAGGAAAGAACUGAAGGAGAUGCGUUUGCAGGACCAACAGCUUGCCCGCCAGCUCAUGCGCCUACGCGGCGACAUCAACAAACUGAAGAUCGAGCAGACGUGCCACCUGCACCGACGAAUGCUCAACGCUGCCACGUUUGGCCUGGAGGAGCACGACGAGCUCUCUGAUCUUCUGUGCGAUAGUCCUGUUACACCUGGGUUUGGUCUGUCAGCACCUCUCCGACUGAUUGGGGUCACUAAGAUGAACAUAAACACGAGACGCUUCUCCCUCUGUUAGCCCAAAAGUAAACAAGUCACGUGCAUCCUGUCUUCAGUGUGAAAACAAGGAUCUUGUAUGUAAAUGUAUUAUAGUGAAAAAUAUUUUGUGACAUAUUUUGUAACGAAACAUGAACCUGUUAGCCGCAAUACUGCGCUCACUGUGUAAUUUGCUUUUAAUGUUUUCAUUGAUUUCUGCAUUGUAUGCAAUAUGUAUACAUCAUCUGUAUCAUUUUAAUUGCACAUCAAGCCUUAUAAGCUCGAUUAAGAAAAAAAUACUUGAACAAUUAUGUCACACAGAAUGUGGAAAAAGUAUGCUUUAAAAAUUAUACUUCAUUGUGUAUUGGUUUGUACAUGCUAGAACAAAAUUUUCUACAGAUAAUUAUAGCAGAUACAGGAAAGAAUAAUCAUACAAAUAGAAGAAGGAAUACGCCGUGCCAGCUUGCCUUCCGCUGAUCAGUUUUCAUUUCAAUAACAUGUACUCAGAUUUGGCACAUAUGACAAAGUGUCUCAAAUCAGGAGCUUAAUAAUUUAUCCGUUGAACAUUUAGUGCAAAAUUUCAUAAAAUAAAUCAUUUCAAUUUGAACAAAUAACAAUUUCAUAAAGAACAUUUUCUAACUGCUCUGUAUCUGAUAAAGGGUUUACACUGAAAGAUUGGGUUUGAAAUAGUGUAUUGCUGGGAUGAAAGUUUUCAAUGCUUUGGUAUCCACUACUAUUACUUUAUUAUUUAUGUCCUACUGUAGUGUGGGAGACACGGGAUUCUAGAUUAGUUUGAGUAUUCUCAAUAUUAAGUAAACCCUUUACUCUACAGAUGUACUACACAUUUACUAUGGUCCGUAGAGAACCCAAAUUAGGAGUAAAACAAGCUGUUCUAGGAAAAUAAUCACUGAGGUAUUCCUCUUUUAACUCAGCAAUCUGCUAACAAAUACAAUUGUUAAUGUAUUAAUGGAAGACAUGCCAAAUUUUUUAACCUUUAGUAGUUGUGUUUAAUGUUGUGGAACAUCAUUGAGACAGGAAUCCUUUUUUUGGUUAUGUUGUAAAACAGUCGAUCGUCGACUAGUCUCUUAUUUUACAAUGUCUGGACUGGGGAGAAACCUGGAGUACCCAGAGGAAAUCCUCAAAGCAUGGGGAGAACAUUCAGGGUCCCACAUAGUGCCACAGAGGUGCAAGGCAUGCAUACUAAACACUAAGCCAAUGUGCCCACCCACUCCCUCCCUUUAAAUACAUCUGCCAUACAAGUCCCUAUGAAACACCUGUUACUCAGAAAUGAUAAUUAGCACGAUAAUAUUAACACACGAUUUGCCUGACAGCUGGCAUUAUUCUCGGAGACAUGCCGUUAUGGAAAACGAAACACCUGCUGAUCAAUCAGACUCGAAUACUCUACAGCGCUGUGUGUAAUUACAUUUAAUGUGUGUCCUUUGAUUCCGUAUGGACCGGGGACCUACUUUAAUAACAGCACUCUAUCAAAGAUCAUCAGUCAUACAGUGUAGAUAGAAAUGUUGCGCUGAUUAAGUGCCAUUAUAGUCAAGUCUACUGACUUCUUUGUUUAAUAAAAAAAAGUUCAGUGGAAUUUUGUCAGUCACUUUUAAAAUGAAGAAGCAAAGAAAAACUUCAUGAGAGUACAUGAUCUCCUUUUUUUCAGCUGAGCAAUUAGGAUAAACUAGCAUGACAACCUCCUGUUGCUGCCCACUCCAAUUCAACAGCAGUGCCACACAACAGAAAGGGAAAAUUCCCUGAUACUUAUCCACAUCUUUUAAAAAGAAGCCCCGGGAUAAGAUAAUGUGGGAAACAAAAGUAGGACAGGUGGGUUGCUGCCAAAAGAUUGCUUUCAGGAGGUUACUGUUUCACCGCUGCUCACAAUGACUGGCUUCAAUCAAUGGAAAACACACAAAAAGGAGUAAUGGAGGGAAACUCCAUGCUCCCUAGAGACAGUAUCACGUGACUAAGGAUACUUUUAGUGGCAUGACUAGUCACACAUUUAUAACAACGGAACCAUCCCUGAGAAUGAACGUACACAGAAUAACAGUAUUAAUUGUUUAUGUAUGAGGACACAUGAUGUGUAUGUUUAACCUUGAUACAAUGACUGUGACUUCCUGUUUAUCUCUGUGCAGUGACGUACAGUAUAUGACCUACCUUUGUUGUUGAGGCCUGAGGCUUCCCUCUUAUUGUGUGUCUGCACCUAAAUUCUUUUAGGAGCUGCUCUUUCAGCUCAACACAGAAAGCUUUCACCGACAGACAUCCUCUGAAAUGCAAGAAGCACAUCAUGCAACUGUAUGAAUGAGUCACAGUUAUAUGAGUGAAUAGACUGUCAUGGUUAAGAUCUUCCUCUCUCUUUUCUGAGACAUAAUCUACCGUCUCAAUAGAAAGAAAAAAGAAAAAGGAAGUUGGCGGUUUUCUGCCUGUAGCAGGCACCAAGCCAUCUGACCAGGAAUGAUAAUGUAAUACUGUGGUAUUCAUUUACGUCAGGGUUGCCAAAGUCAGCACCUGUUCCUGUAGAGUCUUAACCCGAGUCAUACAGAAAGAAAUGCUUACUAAUAUGUUUUCUGUCCAAGACCUGUCCCAAGAUGAAAGAUUUUGUCUCUUUAGGAUAGCACAGACUUAUCCUACUACACUUUUAGCAUCGCUUCAGGUAACUCAAGCUGAGGUCACACCAGGCUGGAGAAAACAUGGCUCCUCUAUUAUCCACCCUGGGAUCAUUUAAUCCGCUUUAUCUAGCAGAGAAGGUUGCAUACUCAGACCAUUAGCAAAGGCUUAUGCCUAUUUAAAGAGAUCUCUUUAACUGCUUGUUCCUUUGCAUGGGUGUAUGUCCAAAAUGAAAGGACAACUUUGAAACUUUUUUUUCUCCUUAUAUAACUCAUCUCAAGUAUAUUUGAUUUAUAUUCCCAAUUACAUAUUAUAUAUUUAAUAUUACAAAUCUAGCCAAACAUCAAUGUGAGGAGGAAAAAAAAGCAAUAUAUAUCAAUAAUCAUUAUGUUUCAAAUUAUCCAAUUCCCUACAUUAUAAACACAGUAAAUUAAAUAACAUUUACUUCCAGCAUGACUGGCGCAUCUGUUAACCAAACGAUCUGACCAUUUCCAAACAUCAAACAAAUGCCGUAUAGCGCAUGUCUGGUAGAAUGACUAUCUUUCUACCAAGGCCAUAAUUUUUUUUUUGCCUUAUUGAAAACUGGCACGUGGAGGUGUGGAGAGUCAAUCAGGUUGCAACCAUCAAGAUUCAAAAGCUUGUGGCCAGUAAAGUGUUUACACGACCUUAAUGUAGGACAGUGCAGUCUUAUAAAUAUUUUCUGCAUGGAAGAGUCACUGCAAAUUGAUAGUUAUUCUGACUGGUCAAAUUUAUCCUAUGAUUUAAAAACAAUAACAACAACAUUUUUGUACCCUGAAGGGGGCAGUGUCUUCCAGGAUGACUAUGAUCCCAUCCACAGCACACCACAGAAUAGUUUAAUGAGCAUGAAAAUGAUCACUUAUAAGCUAUGGUCUUCAUCUUGCCAAUGCUUUGUGCAAAGAUUACAUUACAUUACAUAAAUAAGGAGGCAGAUCUUCUAAUGGUUCCUUAAUUACGGCUGUAAAUUUGCUUCAUUUGAAUAUAGAAUAUUUCACUUUAGAAAAACCUAGAAAAUCCAUGAGACUAUGAAUGUCAAUUAGAACAUGUAAAAAAAUAAAUAAAUAAAAAUUUAAAAAGGCAAUUUUAACCAUGUGAAGUUUUUUCCCCAGCUGCCAUAUAUACUAGAUAUACUGGAUUAAGUGUGGCGUCUAACUGAAGAGCAGUACUAAGUGCAGAACAGUGACAUGCUCAUCCUGAAACAUCUUGCUAUUACAAUGCAGGUUGCCUUAAAUCAAAACAGAAAAGUGAUUUUUGACAUGUAUUUUCAUAUGCUGGCCUUAUUAGGAAAGACGUUGAUGGUUGCAGGUUGGACCAGAAAAGGAAUAUCCAAACAACAACCUACAGCACAUUCACAAAACUCUGAAUACUAAACUUAAUAUUUAAUACAACUCCUUGGUCACAAUCUGAACAGAUUACAGAAUGAUUCUUACAUCCCUGUUGGAUGAUAAAAUAAGCAGUUGUUCUGCAAGGCACAAUGUCAGGCUACCAAAAACUCAAAGAAGGCUACAACAUACUGUAUAACAAGACAUAUUUGCUUCGCAGUGUAACAAAACACUGAACACCAUCAGCCAGCUAACCGGCUUUGUCAAAUAUCUUAAGACUCCAAAGUUGUCAGCCCAAACCAACAAAUAUAUAGAGCUACCUUCUCUACCUGGUGCAUUGCAAAUCAUGGGGUAAUUACAACCGGCACUAGUUGUAAAAACAUAAUAGUAAAAUGUGUUUAAAAGUUAUGCAAUACAAAUAAGAAUAACACAUCAAACAGUUAAUACAAAGAGAGAAAUAAACACACUUGAUGGAUCGGAAGUUAAGCUAAACUGGAAAAGAAGAACUGUCAUAAGUGACAAUAUACAGGAAACCACUGAUCCACACAACUGUUAAGUGAAACUCAAACUGUGUCCGAGAACACACCUUGGCUCUACUUAACAGUUCCGGCAGACACUUAGUUUACUAAUCUUAAAAUAAACCUAGCAGUUGAGAAUCAGCUGUCAAACUGCUGCUAAAAUUGGCAAGUAAAAACACCUCCCCGGAAACCCUGAUCUUUUGUAAUCCCCUUGCUCAUGCUGUAAAAACAGAACUGUCUUUUCAAGAAUCUGCAUUUGAUACUGAAGGUACCCAAAUGACUGCCUUGAUUUCCCGGUGAAAUCCAUGCAUAUGACUUACCUCACAAUCCACAGACUAACAUGAAUCAUUUCAAAUGUGCUUCAUAAAAAUAUAGCUAUUCCACUUCGUUUUGCGUCUCAUCAGUCCUGGUAUCCCCGCUUGACGCCAAUGGUAUCGCAAAAUCUUUGCAUUAAUCUUAAAUGUGAAUGCUUGAGAAUUAAAAUGGAGUUUCAAUCUAAUGCCUUCAUAAAAGAAACCUAAACGCUGGUCGCAGAUCAGCCUAUAAAGCUACUGUGUCAUGACCGAUAGCAGAUACUGCCAAUAAACUCUCAUGAAAGCAUCAUCUGUGCCACGCACAGUUACAGAAGGUCCACAUGCACUUCAAGUGUCUCAAAAAGCACCAUCAUCCAGG